CUUGAACACUACUUAAAAGUGUUUGAAAACCUCCGAGAUCUUGUUUGUGUGUUUUCAGCAAACAAAAUGGCAGCCAAAAAACGACUUAUAAUUUCUCUAUCAAUCUUAUUUCUUCUUUGUUUCACCGCCUUUUCAAAGCAAGCCCACGAUCUCGAACUUGAAGACGAAGAUCUAAGUUUCCUCGAUGACGAACACGACCAAAACGACGACGAGUUACACCACUUCGACGACGACGACGAGGAUCACGAUUUCGAAAACUACGACGAUCUGGACGAGUUCUCCGCCGGAGAUUCCGAAUACACAGAUUCCGAAUCUUCAUUUUCGGAAGCCGAGAUCGACGAGAGUGACGUGGCGGUAUUGACGGCGUCUAAUUUCAGUGAGUUUAUUGAGAGUAAAAAGAACAGGUAUGUGAUGGUUGAGUUUUAUGCUACCUGGUGUGGUCAUUGUCAAGCGUUGAAACCGGAAUAUGCGGCGGCCGCGACGGAGUUGAAGAAGGCGGAGGAGGGUGGGGAAGCGGUGGUUCUGGCGAAGGUGGAUGUCGGUGAGGAAAAUGAGUUGGCUCAGAAGUAUAAUGUGGAAGGUUAUCCGACUUUGUUGUUUUUUGUUGAUGGCGUUUUCAAGACUUAUAAUGGUGCCAGAAACAAGGAGGCUAUUGUGACAUGGGUGAAGAAGAAGAUUGGUCCUGGUUUACAUAAUGUCACGACCACCGAGGAAGCUGAACGUAUAUUGACCAACGAGUCACCUGUAGUUGUGGGCUUUGUCGAAAGUCUUGUGGGUCCAGAAAGUGAAGAACUUGCUGCAGCAUCAAAACAGGAAGAUGAAGUGAGCUUCUACCAAACUUCCAACGCAGAUGUAGCAAAGCUUUUCCAUAUUGACCCACUGGGGAAACGUCCAGCUUUGGUUUUGCUAAAGAAGGAAGAUGAAAAAGUUAGCCACUUCGAGGGACAGUUCAAAAAGUCAGAAAUAGCUGAGUUUGUCUAUAAGACCAAGAAUCCUUUAGUGAUUUACUUUACUCGUGCAAGUGCCUCACAAGUAUUUGAGAACCCUAUCAAGAAUCAGGUGAUUCUUUUCACCACUUUGAAAGAUACUGAGAAGUUCCUCCCCAUAUUUCAAGAGGCAGCAAAAGGUUUCACAGGAAAGAUUCUUUUUGUGUAUGUUCCAAUGGACGACGAAGAUGCUGGUAAGCCAGUUGCAGAAUACUUUGGCAUUGAUGGAGAUGUUCCAAGAGUUAUUGCAUUCACAGGAAAUGAAGAUGCUAGAAAGUUUUUUUUGGAAGGGGAAGUGACUUUAAACAACAUUAAGUUGUUCGGUGAAAACUUUUUACAAGACAACCUCAAGCCCUUCUACAAGUCUGAUCCCAUCCCUGAGACAAAUGAUGGGGAUGUAAAAAUAGUUGUUGGUAAUAACUUCGAUGAAAUAGUUUUGGACGAGUCAAAGGAUGUUCUUCUGGAGAUAUACGCUUCCUGGUGUGGCCAUUGCCAAGCACUCGAACCAACUUACAAUAAACUUGCAAAACAUCUUAGAGGCAUCGAUUCUCUUGUUAUAGCCAAGAUGGAUGGCACCACAAAUGAACACCCUCGAGCUAAGUCUGAUGGAUACCCAACACUACUUUUCUUCCCAGCUGGCAAUAAGAGCUUUGACCCGAUCACAGUAGAUACAGACAGAACGGUGAAAGCUUUCUACAAGUUCCUCAAGCAGCAUGCUGCAAUCCCUUUUAAACUCCAAAAGCCCGAGUCAAUGCAGAAAUCUGAGUCAACUCCGGAACCCGAGUCUACUCAGAAAUCUGAUUCAGUUAGGGGAAACAGCAAUCAAGAGCUGAAGGAUGAAUUAUAAGGUCACAUAUGUUUUGUCUUAAUUUUAACAUUUAGCAUAUGUUUUUUCCCAGAUUGAAUAAUGUUAUAAUGUAGUUGUCCUAAUUAAAAGGUAAUAGUUUUACUCGACCCAUCUAAAAGUCAAAGCAGUACUUCAGAACUGUAGGAUAUUUAUUCCAUUUAAAUUAUAUUAAUUAAUCA